AUGGCUUACGGGUACCGGCGUAUACACAGCCCACCCUUCUUGGAUGGGAAGAGUGCCAACGUGUUUGCGUUGAGCUGCACAGAUAACGGAGGUGUGCUAUUGUGUGAUACACGAUCGAAUGCUAUCAUGCACCACUUCCAGAUGAACGCGACAGCGGUUGUAUACGAGUGGGACUUGGUUUCGGGCCGUUGUCUAAACAAGUUCAAAGACGAGCAUUCGCUUCAUCUAACUACUUUCGAGAUGUCUCCUAGUGUGAAUUAUGACUUUGCUAGACAUGCCUUCGUCUCCGCUGGGUCCCGUAUGGGUUUUUUGAACCUGUAUCCUGUGGUGUCUGAUUACGACCGUGAUACCGGGGUUCCAUCCAGUUCGUGCAUUCAGCACGAAUUAGUGAAGAGUUACGGCAACCUUUCCACAGCGGUUACCAGUAUAGCCCAUGAGGACAGCGGGACGUUCAUAGCUUAUGCGUCUGAGCACAAGCGCAAUGCGUUACGUAUUAUCCACAACCCUAGCGGUCGAGUGAUUAGCAACUGGCCAACGGAAAGCAUCAAUCUAGGUCGUGUAACCUCCUUAGCGUUUGCACCACGUUUAAGUACGCUAGCAGUAGGAAAUCGUUCCGGUAAAGUACAGUUAUUCCGAAUUAUUACGACCUAG